AUGGAGGGUCAAACCCCCCGAGUAUUGGAAAAUCCGAAAGGAAAUCGCACUACUCCUUCAGUAGUUUGUUAUGAUCCGAUAGAGAAAAAGAUUAUAGUAGGUGAUGAUGCGAAAAAGCAAAUAGAGAUAAAUCCAGAAACAAUUGUCUCAAUCAAAAGUGAAAUGGGACAAAAAGUUAAAAAAGUUUUGGGCGGAAAAGAAUAUACUCCCGAGCAAAUUUCGGCGGAAAUCUUGCGUUAUCUGGUGGGUUAUGCGGAGGAAAAAUUGGGCAAAAAAAUCACUCGAGCAGUAAUUACCGUGCCCGCUUAUUUCGGUGAUAGUCAACGACAAGCCACUAUCGAUGCCGCAAUUAUUGCAGGACUUGGCGACCCUAAGGACUUGACAAAGACCCGCCAAAUGAUUAGGAUUAUUAAUGAACCAACUGCGGCAGCACUGGCCUAUGGAUUAGACAAGACCGAAAGGGAACAAAAUAUACUGGUUUAUGACCUAGGGGGAGGAACUUUUGAUGUCUCCAUUCUCCAAAUCUCUAAAAGUGCCGAAGGAGAAAUUUUCGAAACUAUUUCCACGGCCGGGAUUAAAACUUUAGGAGGAGACGAUUUUGACAAGAAAAUAGUUGAUUAUGUAAUUGAAGAAGUGAAAAAGGAAAGAAAAAUUGAUCUACUGACUGAAGGGGAGACCGAAAAAGAUAAAAAAAUAAUCAGACAAAGGCUAAAAGAAGCCGCUGAAAGAGCCAAAAAAGAAUUAUCAGGAAGUUUAGAGGCCACUAUUUCUCUUCCUUAUCUUAUUGCUCCUAAGGAAGGAAGAUUACCCCAUGUCGAAGUAAAAAUCACGCGGGCUAAGUUUGUUGAAUUAACUAAAGGAUAUAUGAAAAAGACGAUGGAAGAAGUUGAUAAGGCAAUCCAGGAUGCGGAGAAAAAGUUAGGAAAAGACUUAGAAAUUGCACAAAUAAUUUUAGUAGGUGGUUCGACUCGCAUGCCAAUGGUAGUAGCGAUUGGAGCUGCUAUUCAAGGAGCAGUAAUGGCAGGCGGAUUUGCCAAGGACAUUGUGCUUUCGGAUGUUACUUCUCUUUCAUUAGGUAUUGAGGUACAAGGUGGUAAUAACGAAAUAAUAAUUCCACGUAAUACUACUAUCCCUACCAAGAAAACCCAAAUUUUUUCUACCGCUGAAGACAAUCAACCCAGCGUUCACAUUCGGGUUCUUCAAGGAGAAAGACCUCGAGCGGCAGACAAUAAAACAGUAGGAUUUUUUGAAUUAAGUGGCAUUGAACCAGCUCCGCGGGGCAUGCCUCAAAUUGAAGUUAGUUUUGAUAUUGAUGCUAACGGAAUAGUUAAAGUUUCCGCCAAGGAUAAGAAAGCUAACAAGGAGGCCGAAAUUACCAUUAGAGACAGUCAAAAUCUGAGUGAGGAGGAAAUCCGACAAAUGAUCAAAGAAGCCGAAGAAAAUAAGGAAAGAGAUGAAGAAUACAAAAGUAAUUCUCAAUUACUCAAUCGUGCCCAAACUUAUUGUCAUACUUUUGAGAAACAAAUUGAAGAGUUUAAGGGCCACAAGGAUUUCAAUGAGAAUGAUGAAGGCUUCAAAAAAUUUGAAGAAAUGUAUAAGGAAUUAAAGGAAGCCACGGAAAAGAAAGAUUACCCCCUCAUCAAAAAGCAAUUAAAUAAGGUGGAAGAAAUGAUGAAAAUGGCAAACGAGUUGAUGGAGAAAAUGCCAAAAGAAGAGAAGAAAGAAGAUGAAGGUCGUGCUUCUGGCGAGGAAGAAGACACUUUGGACGUGUCUCCAGAAAAGGAUGAUAAGGACAAAAAGUAA